AUGCUUAAAGUGUCGCCUUGGAAAGGUGUAGUAAGAUUCAUCAAGAGAAGAAAACUAGCUCCAAGAUAUACUGGACCGUUUGAGGUUACAGAGAGAGUUGGUAUUGUUGCUUACCGUUUGAGACUUCCUGAAGAGCUUAGUAAUGUACACGAUGUGUUCCACGUGUCAAACCUUAAGAAGUGUUUAGCUGACGAGACGACAUACGUUCCUUUGAACGAAAUACGAGUAGACGAGAACCUAUGUUUCAAAGAACAACCCGUUAAAAUUAUGGAUCAAGAAGUGAAAAAGCUUAAGAGACAUAAGUAUACAAUUGUAAAAGUUCGUUGGAACUCACGUAGAGGCCCAGAGUUUACCUGGGAACGGGAGGAUCAAAUGAAGCAGAAGUAUCCACACUUGUUCGCCUAA